AUGGCCAAUAGCAGAAGCAUCCAACUUCAAUGGUCUCUUGAUAAAACGGUCUUCAAGACCGCAGGAAGUCUCCUUGACUUAGUCCAGGCUGCAGCUCAAGAUGACGUACAGAGUCAGGCUGUGAUAGCCUUUGAGGCUCUUGGGUCCGCAAUCCUACCUUCUCCAGACAGGAUUGAUGAAGGACUCGACGCUUUACAAAGCCGGGACCGUUCCCAGAGUCUCAAAAUUGUCAAGGUCAUCGUGGGACUGUUCACCGGCGGUGUGAGUCAGUUGAUUCGAAGGAGGGCUCCGCAAUGUGUUCCUGCUUUCCUCCUGGUGACUGCUAUGAAGACCUGCCUCCCAGACCAGGCCAUAGGCAAUGUCCUCUAUGAGAUGCUUUGCCAGCAAGAUCUUUUGCGCAAAGUGCCAGUAUCGAGGUCAAGCAUGGCAACCCUCAUCUCGUCAAUAUCUGGGUUUUCCGACGGGAUUGUACCCGGGAAUAGCUUUGAACAUGUUUCUACCGUGAUUCUACAGAACAUUGCACGCCGUGACCAGUGCGCGAAAGCUUCGUGGGAGCCUGACCCAAAGGUGAUUGCAGAGAUCUUUACUAGAACAUUCGAGGCGCUGCGAAAAGUAGAAACACAACGCCUCACAAUAAAAGGCCUUGUAGGGGGAGCAUUGAUAGCCUCUUCAAUUCUUUGGUUACUUGCGGAACCCUUCGAGCUGACGGUAGAUGGAAAGCUGGCAUUGGGCGUCACUGGGGGUAAGGUGAGUGUCGAUAUUUGUAGCACUGCCGCUUCAUCUAUCAUUGGGACUUGGACAAUGCAAGAGUGGCAGGAAGAAAGAGUGUUACCGUCUAUCAUCGUACAAUGCGAAGAAAACUAUAACACUGCCACGUCGACGCUCGACUUUUUCCCCGCUUCAGGAGCGCGGUCUAUCCUCGCAGCCCAAUACGACUUAGAGGAAGAUGAAACAGAAGAAGUGGGUAUAAUUGCAGAAGCAUUGGUCAUUGCAAGCAUCGAGACUGCCGUCAUAAAGUCUGACACGGAAUUUGGCAUGGAACCGCAAUUCGUGCCUCUCAAACACAUAUGUCAGCAGGGUUAUCUUUCCCAGGCCUCAACCUUCAUGAAAGUGUAUGGGUGGGGCUGCAAUCAGACGUUCGUUCAGAAAGCGCAAGGCUUAUCCGAGGACAUCGUUGAAUGGAUCGAGAAGUCUUGUCCAAAUGUCGGACAAGUCCGCCAGCGAAAGGGACAUCCACUGUUUCAAGAGCCUAUGACUCAACUGACUUGGGUCAUGACUAAGAUCGAAGACUGGCGACGGACUCGACCAGGAUCGCUCAAAAUAGAAUGUCAAUACGAAAGAAAGAUCAUCGAGCCUGGCCUUCACUUAGCGGCAGAGUGCAUCUACUCUUCUAUCUGCGAUACGCUUCCGGCCUACCGAACUUUUCGUGGAUGCCGAUUCGCUGUCGUCGCAGACAACGCGCUGAACGUUAUGCAUCUCCUGUUCAGCGGCAUUUUAAGUGCUACUCUUCGCAAAUGCGAGCCCCCAAUAACUUUGUCCAAUCUGAACAGCAUGAACGAUCUGACCAUGACCGAGCUGCGUUUGCGCACCAUGGAAUCUCUGAUUCCUUGCUCGACUGGCAAUGUUGGGAACCGUGAUCUGAUCUUCGGAAUGAACGGCCUUGUAGCGUACAUAGCUCCCUUGGGAAAAAUUUCAACCCGACCUUCAGAUUGCGUUGCGGUUUCCAUACUACCUGGCUCCAUCCGCUGGGGCGAAGGGGACUUGGGUACAGGGGGCUUUCCCUUCGACCGCUUGAGCUCUGUAGAACUACAAAAUUGUGCAGGAAAGGCAGAGGAUGCUACGAACGCAAGACUCCAGAUAUUUGACGGAACAUAUCCUGGACUUGAACCGCAGCAAGACGAGAACAACACCGAAGUCGAGUGUCUGAUCAGUGCUACCGGCAAAACAUUGACAAUUAUAACCUACUUACGCCAGCAGGAUUCUCGACGUACUAUGAUUGACUGGAUCUCGUCCAUCUCCGCAGCCGCGACCGCCAGACAAGUCUUGGAAUGUGAGCUGCCUGCCUUUGCUGAGGAGCAACUGGCGAGAUUGUGGCUGCAAAGGGGUAUAUGGCAGACCAUUUGUUGGACAAGCGCGGAUGGAGUCAUCGUGCACCAGCCCUCGAUGCCGAUAAGGUACAUUGGUAGCACCUACGGAAAUGAAUCACUCAGAUUUUUCCUGGCAGGAAGAAGGCCCGAACAAAUCAUUUUCAUGAGGCAAAGAACGACCCCUCUGAUCCAGUGCAUCAAGGCCGCGUUGGGGUUUGAAGCGGACACAGAAGCGAACUAUCUGCCAGAAGCAGGUGGUUCAACGGCCGCAUAUAGCAAUUCAGUGCCACCUCUCAGGCCCUCGUUCGCAGAAGGACAAUUACAACGGGGAUGGCUGAUCAUUGCUUAA